AGGGUCGUUAUGCUGCUGCUAGCGUUUUAGUUGGCUAUAGACUUUAUUUUAUUGGUGGUCAAUUCCAAAAUGGCACUAUUUCCUCUGAGCUAUUUUACCUUGAUUUAUCUACUUCUUUUAACACUAGUGAUGUUAUAUCUCCCCGGUGGAGUGAUCCCUCUCCUGCUCCAAUAGCGAGUGCAUGGGCGACUGCAACCGUUUGUGGUGCCAAUGAAUCUAUAAUAUUUCUUAUUGGUGGCAUGAUGGUUUCUUCUAAUAAUACAAAUAAUACAAUAGCAUAUAGCUUUAAUACAAAUACUGGAAAUUGGUCUAAUAUAACAACUUCGGAUGUUUUAAAUCAAAGACGCAUAGGGUCAUCCUUAUCUUAUGAUCCUGACCCCGGAAUUAUUUAUAUUUUUGGUGGACAAUCUAUUUUUAAUUUAUCCGAAUGGUUUGAUGAAAUGAUAAUUUUUGAUUCUAUUCAUUUUUCAUGGUCAAAUAAGUCAUUUAAUUCUGGUCCUUCAAAAAUAUCUGGACAUACUGCUACUUUAUUAAAAACUGGCAUAAUAGUAUUUAUCGGCGGUUUGGAGCUGAGUAACACUUCUAGCACUCCCACGUUAGCGAAUAUGAGUCAGAUUUGGACAUACAAUACAAGUUCAGCAGAAUGGUCAUCAAAUAAUGCUAUAUUCAUUAAUACUCCUAUUGAUUCUCGUGUUUACCAUUCAGCUGUAUUAGCACACGAAGAUAAAAUUAUUAUUUAUGGCGGUUCCAAUGGUACAGAUAAUAGCAGAGUUUUACCUGACCUUGCCGUUCUUAAUGUUUCAUCAACUCAAUUUCAAUGGUCAACACCUAAUAUCACUCCAUUAUCCAGUACACCAUCUCUUGCGGCUCAUACUGCGGUAAUGGUAGAUGAUUAUAUGAUCUUGUUAUUUGGUAAUGUUACCGGGUCUAAUUCCAAACAAUCAAGCAUUAAUAAUAUAAUUUAUUUUCUUAAUACAACUUCUUAUGAUUGGGUCACUUUAUAUCAAUCAAGCAACUUGCCAAUGCUUAUUGGUAUGGUCAUUGGAUCUUCUGUUUUAGCAUUCAUUAUAGGAUAUUCUGCAUUGAGUUGUUAUCGAAAACAUAGAAUUAAACAUACUUCAUUAAUUACUAAAACUCAUGGUGACGAAACUCGAGAAGUUUUGCAUUAUCCUGAUAACAACAAUCCAACUAAACUUGAAGGAUACCACUGUAAUUAUUUUGAUAAUGUAUCUUCUCAAAAUUCUUCUGAGACACCUGUGACUACAUUUCAUUAUAUUCAACCACUGGUAUUUCAACAUCAUAUAAUGUCGGCAGAUAGUGCUCCAUAUAAUCAUUACCCAGAAAAUGAGGGUAACGUGCCUGUAAUUAAUUACGCACAUGAUAUUCAACCACAAUACGUUGAAUAUGAUAUGACACAUAAUAAUUAUCCUAAUCCUACUUAG